GGACAGACGUUGACGAUUAUUUAAUGAUAAAUGCACUUUAUCGCUACAAUUUACUAAACAAUCAAUUAACUGUAGCUUACAGCAAAGUGACAUUAUUAAAUAAUUCCUCUUCAUACAUUUGCCCCUUGUAUUGAUUCCAUACUCAUACUAUAUAAGUCAAUAGUAAACACUAAACAGAGAAGCGUCUGCUGCACGACCUGAAUUCAAUUGAUUCACGUGAUAAAAAAUCAUGUCGACGUAACAUUCUGAAACGGGAGAACCCUAAUAUUGUGGAUGCACAGAGACUCGUUUACCCGUUUUCCUGUUUCGCAUAAGGAAUUAAGCUAACAAACAGUGCAAUCAUGGGAAAAUCACCAAGGGUUCUUUCCAUACAAAGUCAUGUCGUAUCGGGAUACGUAGGAAACAAGAGUGCUACAUUUCCUUUGCAGGUUCUUGGAUUCGAAGUCGAUGCCAUUAAUUCUGUACAGUUAUCAAACCAUACUGGUUAUGGAUCUUGUGCGGGGCAAGUUCUACAUGCUGACGAACUGGCACAGUUGAUGAAGGGUUUGGCGAGCAAUGGGCUUGAUCAUUACUCUCACCUAUUGACUGGAUACUCAGGCUCACCAACAUUCCUUAAAGGCAUAGCUGAUGCUGUCAAACAGCUACGUGCUAAAAAUCCAAAUCUGAUGUAUGUGUGUGAUCCAGUAAUGGGCGACAAUGGACGAAUGUACGUUCCAGAAGAACUGCUUCCUAUCUAUCGUGAUGUAAUUGUGCCAUUGGCUGAUAUCAUCACUCCAAACCAGUAUGAAGUUGAAUUGCUUACAGGUCAGAAGGUAGAAACAAUAGAUGAUGCAUGGCGAGCUGUUGACAUCUUCCACAACCAAGGAAUAAAAACUGUUGUGCUUUCUUCAACAGAACUUGGAGAUGAAGAUCAUUUGUUAGGUCUCGCAAGCUCUGUCAUUGGUAAAGAGAGAAAGAAGUUUAGCAUAAGAAUUCCACGAAUUAAAGGAGUUUUUACUGGAACUGGUGACUUGUUUGCUGCACUGUUUCUUGCCUGGAUGUACCACAGUGAUGGAGACACAAAGUUGGCCCUAGAGAAAACAAUUGCCACUCUCCAAGGUGUCCUCCACCGCACACAUGAAUUUGCAGGAGAUGUGACUGGUUUAUCAAAGCCAAUGAAGGCAGCUGCUGUGGAACUACGUCUUAUUCAAAGCCGUCAAGAUAUUGAAAAGCCAGAGAUCCGUGUUCAGGCCCAGGAACAUUAAAUAGAAAUACUGUUAUCAAAUAUUACCAUGAACUGUUGCACAAAAGAUACUGCAACAGUUUUAUUGCAUUUUAUGUUUUUUUGUAGAUAGAUUAGAGCUGCAUAAGAUGCUUAAAUGUUUAACAUAGCAAACAGUUUUAAUGUUACACAAGCUACAAGAAGAAGUCACAAACAACAAGCAAUGGUGUUAAUUCUCCAACUGUGUAUGCAGAAAUACAACGAAUGACACAGAUAUUUCAUGUAAGUUAACUUUGACCACAAGUGUACUGUAUUGGUAACAACAAAUCAUAAGUGAUUUUUACUGAUAGUGGCAUGUUGACUGUAUUAACAUACAUAAUAUGUAUGUCCCUUGUAGGUAACAUCAAGUUAUGUGUCUAUUGUUGUGAUUUGGUCUAGACAUGUCUUAAAGUAACAAGCAGAACAACAUGCGGGGGGGGGGGGGGGGGGGGGAGGGAGGGAGGCACUGGUGUUCUUAGGAUAAUAUUAUUUGUCUUGGGUUCCUAUUUGUACAAUAAGUUGAUGGCUGAGAAUCAGUUUGAGUGUAUACGUGCAAUACCUAUUUUAAUGUUGAAACAUUGAGUGGAAGUGUGCAACAAGUACUUAUAAAGUAUUUUGUUAUUUGUUACAUUACUAGGAGGAGGGGUGGGGGAGGGGUUUUAAAAACAAAUAAAAAUGCAUCUUUCGCCCUGAAGUAUAUUCAAAAUUUAUGGAAAUAAUUGUCUCCUCAGUAGUGAAACUAAAAUGUGUUAAUCUGUAUUGAUAACGUUUGGCAGUAGAAUACUUAAAUAAGUGUACAAAACAUUAUCAAGUAUUACGUUAUGUAUUGUACAAAACACGAGUUGCAAAUUGCAUUUACUCAAUAUAAAUGUUGCAGUAAUUGAACUGAAUUUUCUCUUUGAAGAAUGUCACAAAGAUAAACAAGCAAAAUAAUUAACAUCAAUAAAAUUAAAGUUAGAAAGCAAGAGAAGAGGUAGUAUAUAUAGAAAACACACAAACAUGAAGUGUCACUUACUGAUAAGAACCAAAGUGGGGGUGACUUUUCAAAAGAAGUUAAAGAUAAAAGGCAUGUAAAUAAUGGUGAGAACUAGAUGAGUGCCUAUCAUAUAAGGAGGUGAUCAAAAAGUUUCCAUUCAAAGGCCAUACUAUCUAGAAUCAGUAAGCCAAACAUUGAGUGUUGAGGCAACUAUCCCACCAACGCACCAGGUUCAAGAUACUGUUUGGUAUUCAUAAAACAUCUUGUCCUGCUGAGUGAAGAGGUCUGUAACUCCCUGUUACGCAUCCUUGUCUGACAGGAAUUGCUGACCCUUCAGGCCUUUUUUUAUGGUACCAAAGGCAUGAUAAUCACAUGGGGAGAGAUCGCGACUUUAGUGCAGGUGCUCGAGUGUCUCCCACUCAAAUUGGUUUAACUUCUGCAUUACAACAUUUGCGAUAUGGGAAUGUGCGAUAUCAUGAAGCAGCAGCAGCAGCCCUUGUUAUGCACUAUUCUGCAACGGUGGAUUUUGACAGAUAUGCUGCCCUAUACACAUUCUUCGUUCCCCAAUGGAUGUCUACCAGUAUUUGUCCUUUGGCAGCCAAGAAAAGAAUAAUAGCAUAUUGGUUGUGGUUGAACAGAUUUGGUAAUACAUCACCAUAGUUCACGUUUCUGCAUUUACUGCACGAAUGUUGGAAAGGCACAAAUACUAUGCUAAUCCAUUGCCUACGUGUUGGCGCUAAUACACCUGCACCAGAGUUGUGCUAUAUUGCGUGUAUGCUACACCAAUGCCCUCAAAUAGAACUUUUUGAUCACCUCUUAUAUAUUUAUCAACAGCACAGGGGCAAACAAUAUAAUUUGUAGCAAUAUUCUGUAUAGAUGCAUUAUAUACAGCAAACAGUGCAUUAUGGUUACUGUUUAGGUACAUAGAAAUAGUAGAAGCCUCUAACAGAAACAAAAUGUGUGUUUCCAGUACUUAUUGUUUCGAGUUGAUAUUUCUGCCAUUUCAUUUAAUGUGUGGUAUGUUAUUUCUGGAGAGAGAGAGAAAAAGCUUUGUGCAUGAGCAAAGUUUCACUGUUAUUAAAGCUAGGCUAAGUCAAAAUGUAGUUCUACUACAAUAAUUACAAAAUUGUUUUCCCAUUCUACAAGUUGGAGCAAUGACCACUGACCAUAAAACAUCAAUAAGAGAGGCAUGAAUCAUGGAAAUAAUAAAAUUCUUCCUUGGUAGUUUAUCUGGUAACUAUGCAACCAGUCACUUUUUUACGGUUUAUUCAACCAUGAACAUGUUUUCAAGCCACUGCAGGCUCAUCAUCAGAUGGAGAUGUUACAAGAACAUUUACGUCGUGGACCAACUGUAGCUAGAUGCAGUGCAGAUGCUGCUGUGGAAAUGACAGAAAUUUAGUAAGUGGUGAAGAAACGUUUAUGGACCCGAAAGUAUUUUAUGUUUUAGGUUCUUAUGGUCCAUUGCCUUGUGGUGUGAUACCACAAGGCAAUGCACUGUAAGUACCUAAAACAUAAAAUGCUUUUGGGUUCAUAAACAUUUGGUCACCGAUCACUUAAAUUUCUGUCAUUUCUGCCAGCAGCACUAGCACUGAAUCUAGCUACACUUGGUCAAUGACGUAAAUGUUCUUGUAACAUCUCCAUCUGAUGAUGAGCCUGCAGUGGCUCGAAAACAUGUUCAUGGUUGAAUAAAUUGUAAAAAAGUGACAGGUUGCAUAUUUAUUACCAGAUAAGUUGCCAAUUGAAAUCACAGUUGCAGUUUGUCAUCCACAAUGGAUAUACUGAAAUUCACCCUUUUAUGCUGCAAUUACGAAUACUGGUUUCCAUUAGGCUAUGUUGACAAUGUCUACAAAUAGCGAAUUUUAACAUCUGCCUAUCUGAUAAGUUAACAUUGUAAAUGCUCCGUAUGAAAAUGUCUUCUUGUGAGCUAAUUGCUUAAUCUUCAACAAUAAUUUAUAUUGUUUCCUGCUAUGCAUUUUCGACAUGGAACCAUGAAACUGUUCUAGCAUUUGCAUGCAAGAGUACAGAAAAAAAGACCCUCACAAAAAGGUGUUUGACUGCUGUGUACAAAGCAGCCCUGUAGCCAUACUGUUUCACUGUUACAGAGCCAGAGGCAGAGCUCAAACUGAAUACUGUGGCCCAUACCUUCCUUUGAGACUUAAUUCAGGGAAUCAAAAUAAGCAGAUGCAAGACGAGGGCAAAGAAAGCUUGAAACAAAUCCUCUAAAUCAUGAGAAAACAUUGAAUAGAGUAAGAAAGUAUGUCUUUAUUAUCGAUUAAAUUUAAACUAUUUGUCUUAUGUGAUUUCAUUCAAAUGCAUCAUGCUACUUCCAUGCUAGUGGCAAAAAUUACUGUGAUUAGUCUUAAAAGUAAAGACUUAUUGUCAAAAAUUAAAAACUAGUACUUAAGGCACAUAAAAAGGUGUGUGCUUGUGUGUGUGUUUGAUUUUUUUGUACAGUAUUAACUAAAGAAAGAGCAAUUUCACCUGUUCUUUUUUUCUCUUUAUUUAAAAAGAGGAGUGUUGUUUAAUCCUUGAUGAUUGAAAUUUGUGUAUGAAAUUUUUGCAUGUGUGUGCAUGCAUAUAUAUGUUUUUGUGUUUUUUUUAAUAGUUGAAAGAGAAGUGUAAAACUGAAAUAAAAUGACAAACAAAUGAUUCACAGUUCAGGAACAUUAACUAAAAAUCAGUAUUGCAUCGAAGGUACAUUGUCUUCCAUACUUCAUGUGCAGGGUACAAUUAUAUGUAUUCAUGUUCUAGCCAUAAGAAGAAAUGUUUGGAACUGAAUUAUGUACAAGGUUUGAUGUGAAGCGUACUUUAUGGGUCCACAUUUUCUGCAAUAUAAUACUGGUUUUUAAUUUAUUGAGAUAUAAACUGAAAAAGAAAACUGAGUAAGUACCUGAAAAACGAUACCAAAAUUUAUAACUUUUUUGAGGUGAAUAGUUGCUUUACUUAUUGUUGAAUGUCUGAUCUACAGGAGUUCAAGAGGAUUAUGUAUACAAUUAUGUAUGUGUGGAGAACAUAUAAACAAACUAAAGAAUUUAAUGUAGCAGAAGCAGAUGCUUUACUACAGUGUGUGUAUGUAUGAUGACAAUAUAAAAUAGACAGUGUGGAGAAGUGACUGUAUGAGAAAGGAAUCUGUCCUAAAAUUAAUACAAAAAUUAUGAGCAGUAAAAUAAUUCCAGAGACCUAAUCACGAUAAGCACAAUUUGAGAAGAGAGAAUCAUGUGUAGAUAAUCAGUAAAAGAAUUGUGUCUUUAUUAAGCUUUAUUAUAAACCACACUAAAAAAUGUAUAUCAGCUGGCUACAAUAUUUGUAUUUCUGCUAAGUCAGUCUAACUAUUGAACAUAAUGAAAGCAGUUUACGGUUAGGGGUUUGGCCCACUGUAACUUAUUGCCCAACCAAGUGAAGUGUUAACCUGCCUAUUCAGCAACAAAACCUGCUGACAUUUUAAGCACACACCACAACUUGAUCAGGCUAGUUGAAGUGUUGUAUUUACAAAACUUGUCAGGGCAUCUGUAAAAAACACAAUGAAAAAUGGUAUGUUCAUUCAAAGAAUUACAUAAUUUUACAGAAAGCAUUCAAAGCCGCAUUAGCAUAUGGAGGAAAUUGAGAUAGAAUAUUAAACAGUCUGAGUGCUCCACGAAGAUGGUAAUGUUAGUGCUGUUGUGCGUGAUAUCUAUGGGAAGUGUAGUUUACCCUAAAAAAUAUGAAUAACUGACUAAACAGGUCAAUCAGUGCUACAUCAAUGAAAAAUAUUAAAUAUAUCCUUUCUUGUAGCAAGGAGAGCUGAGGACAAAAAUUGGGAAAAACAAAAAUAAGAUACAAAAUGUCCUCUUCAGUUCUAAAUUUAUUUUAUUACCCAAUGAAGGAACUUUCUGAUAUUCUAAGAUUUGGUGUCUUUUUUCCCAUCAAAUCAACAUAAAGUUCAGAAGUUGGGUAAUCAGGACAUGGCUGGACAAAAUAUUCAGUGAAGUGACUAUCACAUAAGAAUUCAUAGAUACAAAAUGCAGUUACCAAUGAAAGUAUUGGUCUAGUGCAUAAGUUCAUAGUGUUUUUCCCAAAUUUUAAUAAACACAACAGAUACUUCAGUCAUCAAUAAUAUGUUCUCCUUUACUAUUUACAACAGUCUGCCAAUGCUGGGGUAAUGUUCUUAUUCCAUGACUGUAGAAAUCAUGUGGUUUUGAGGCAAACAACUCGUCAAGCCGUGUUCAGAGUGCAUUUUCAUCCAGAAAGAAAUCUCCUGACGAUUGUUCAAUAGAGUGUGGAAAAAGUGAAAAUAUGAGGUUGGUGCAGAAUGACUUCCCAACCCAACUCCAGUAUAGUUUUUUUGUCAGUAUAGCAGAAUGCAGUUGGGCAUUAUUGUGUAGUAGUGUCACUUCACACAGUUUUCCUGGUUGUUCUUGGACUGCAUCUGCAAGAAAUCUCAGUUGUUGACAAUAAAUGUCAGCAGUGAUAGCUACAUCUCGGGAAAGCAAUUCUUAGUACACCACACAGUCGCUGUUCCACCAGUUGCAUAACAUUAUCUUUUGUGGAAGUGCAAAGGUCUUCGCAUGGGGAGUUGCUGCUUUGUUUGGACUCAACCAUUCAUUUUUCCCCCC